AUGUACCGAAUUGUUCCAACAAUAUUUCGACGAAACUUCAAAAUCAUUUCGUUUACGCGACAAUGUUCCACAAAUAGCGAAGGAUUGUCUGUGAAUUCAACCGAGGCGAAUCGAAUAAUGGAACAAAUUGUUGAAGAUCUGAAAAAAAACGGCACGCAAUUCGUCAUUCCUGGUCGAGAUUCGUUUGCGAGACAGGAGUCAGCUAAAGUUUUCGAAAAACUUGUGGAAUAUGGCGUAAAAUCUGAAUUCCUUCUGGAUGCUAACACGAAAAAUGCUUCAUUGUUCCGUACUGUUGUCUCACAACCUGCCGUCUCUUUAGAAGUCAUUGAGACGCUCGUCAACGUCGGAUAUGUCACUUUCGAAGAUGCCAUUCGACUUUUGGCACUUUUCCCCGUCGACCUUCUCCGACAUGGUGCCACGAACAUCACCAAAAACAUUGAAGCAUUGUCAGCAUGUGGAAUCUCAACACCUCGUUCGAUUGCAUCGGCAAUCAAAAGAUGUCCUCCAUUGUUGUUCGCCAGAGAUCCUCAAGAAAUGCAACGGUUGGCUCAUGAAAUUGGAGGAUUCUUUUCGCGAAAACAGGCCGGUCACCUCAUCUCGCGUUGUCCACAAAUUCUGCUGAAACCAAUCGAAGAGAUCGAGGACAAAUACGAAUACAUAUUUUAUCAGAUGGGUGUCGAAUCAGAAGACGUUGCAGAAUGCGUCGGAUGGAUUGAUGAUUUGUCGUUGGACGAUUUAGUAGAUCGCCACAAGUUCCUUUUGGCAACUGGAAAAUUCGCAACUCCCGAUCCAAAAAGGCCACAAAUUCGAUUGGAAAAUCCGAAAUUGCAAAGAAUUUUGGAUAGUAAUGAAGAGGAUUUUGCAACAAAUGUAGCUCGUGUCACAAUGGAAGAAUGGGUUGUCUUCAAAGCACUACGAGUCAAAGAGACCGUCAAUGAGCAUAAGGAACGCAAAUUCGAUCGCGUGAAGCCAUCAAAACGGAAGGCGUAUGAGCGUCGUCACAAAGAGAAACAAGAGCUCGCUGAACACAUUUUUGAUGUUUCGGCUGUUGGAAAUUGA